AUGUAUCUUAGACUGUUAGGUAUGGGUCAAGAAUGUUAUGAAGAAGUUAAGGACUCGUUCAUCUCAAGUACUGCAUUCCAGAUUAUCUACAAAAAAAACCACCGCCUAAUCGACCAUAUCCACAACACUUGUUCAGAGAUGGAAGACCACCUGGUUUUGCGUGUUGAUCAGCUGGAGACAAAUAAAUCAAAAUCUGAGGACACUCCAGGAUUAUCUCCUGAUGCUUCCUGCAGUCAUGCAUCUAUUUCCGUUACUGACAUGAAGGGGGAUGAAGAAUAUGAUACAGCUGGUGAAGAUGAGCCACUUAUUCAGUCAAUUGAAUGUCGUAUCUGCCAGGAGGAGGAUACCAUAAAAAACCUGGAAGUUCCUUGUGCCUGUAGUGGCAGCCUUAAGUUUGCUCAUAGGAAAUGUGUUCAGCGAUGGUGCAAUGAAAAAGGCGACACAAUUUGUGAAAUCUGUCACCAGGCUUAUGAACCUGGUUAUACCGCACCUCCUCGGUCAGAAGACACUGUCCUUGAUAUCAGUGCAAGUUGGACAAUUGGUGGUACUCCAAUAGACCUGAAUGAUCCACGACUUUUGGCAAUGGCAGCUGCUGAACGCAGUCUUCUGGAUGCCGAAUAUGAAUACGAGGACACCGGUGCCAAUGGAGCUUCAUUUUGUCGCUCAGCUGCUCUCAUUUUGAUGGCUCUUCUGCUGUUGAGGCACGCUCUCACAAUCGGAGACGGGGAUGAUGAUGAUGAUGAUGCUUCUGCCUUUUUUGCUCUUUUUAUGCUUCGAGCAGCGGGUUUUCUUCUUCCUUGCUACAUCAUGGCCUGGGCCAUCAGUAUCUUGCAGCGUCGUAGGCAAGCACAGGAAACGGAAAGACUGACGGGACUGGCGGCAGCUGCUGACGUGGCAUUCAUGAUGCAGGCAGGGCAACAUAGAGGGUUGCAGGUCACCAUUGCACCGGGACCGGGACCCGCAGUGGCACCAUCACCUAUGGUGACCCCGCCACCUCCUGCGGUGGGUGGGACCACCAGCCAUGGGCCACUUCAAUAAUAGUAUAAGAAUACUGAGGUUGGAGUUGGGACUCAUAAAUAUAAUAUGCACAGAUAUCUGCCUGCGGCUUUGUUGUUCUGUUGUUUUGUUAUUACGCAUUAAGAGGGGUUGUAUCUUCUCCCCCUACCUGCAAAAUAUCUCUCACUAAAACCUUUAUACCACCGCAAUGAAUUCUGUUUGUAAACUAAAAUUUAAUGGUCUAUUUGUGCAUAUUCUGCGGAAAUAUAUGGUAGCCGUUGUGGCUGGCUGCUUUUCAAAUUUGUGUUGGCCCAAGAGCUCUCUUGUUGCUGAUUUCUUUAACCAUAUUUGUGUUGUGACUUGUAAUUUAUUCUUGAAAAUCAUGACAUACUGUGUGUGUGUGCUUGAUGUAUACAGGUAUAUACUAGGCAUAAUUUGUCGGAUGCAUAAAAGAUCACAAGUACAGAAGAUUGGUUGGUUAAUAAUACGGAACAAUUUAUUAAAGAUUCAAUCCCCUUUAAUUCUGUUUUUGAUUCUAUGAUUAUGAUGGGUGAAUAACUUCUGCUUUAUCUUGCUUUAGUUUGUUAUAUAGCUAUGUUAUACAUAUCACAAUGAAGUUGUAGAAAUGAGGAUGCUUUCAGUAGACCUGCCACAAAACAAUAUUGGACAUGUAGUUGCUAUAAAUCAGUAGAAAGUGGCUUUGAUCCGUUUGAGGGAAGGAAAUUAAGAGCAUGUAAAGCAUAUUUAAUAAGAAGGUAGAGAUUGUAAUGGUUGAUGACAUGAAGAAGAGGCUCUCGAGGAGGAAGUGAGAAGAUAACCUAAGGUAGUUUGUUGGUUGGUGCUUUUUGAGGUAGGAGGGCUGGAAGGUUAGAAUAGGA